AUGAUCGAGAAAGAAGAGAUGAUCGUAGAGGAGAAAGAAGAGAUGAUCGAGACAGCUACAGAAGAGAUGAUCGAGACAGCUACAGAAGAGAUGAUCGAGAUGGUUACAGGAGGGAUGAUCGUAGAGGCGGAUACGAUGAUCGUGACAGUUACAGAAGAGAUGAUCGAAGAGGUGGCUACGAUGAUCGUAGGGGAGAAAGAAGAGAUGAUCGCGAUAGGAGGGAUGAGAGACCAAGGAUGUCGUACGAUGAUCGAAGAAGUCGCUACGAUGAAAGAAGGGAUGAUCGAGACAGCUACAGGAGAGAUGAUCGAGAUGGUUACAGGAGAGAUGAUUACAGGCAGGAUGAUCGACGUGGGCCNAGAAGAGAUGAUCGAGACAGCUACAGAAGAGAUGAUCGAGAUGGUUACAGGAGGGAUGAUCGUAGAGGCGGAUACGAUGAUCGUGACAGUUACAGAAGAGAUGAUCGAAGAGGUGGCUACGAUGAUCGUAGGGGAGAAAGAAGAGAUGAUCGCGAUAGGAGGGAUGAGAGACCAAGGAUGUCGUACGAUGAUCGAAGAAGUCGCUACGAUGAAAGAAGGGAUGAUCGAGACAGCUACAGGAGAGAUGAUCGAGAUGGUUACAGGAGAGAUGAUUACAGGCAGGAUGAUCGACGUGGGCCUAGGCGAUACGACAGUGAGCCAAGUGAGGUGCUGA